UCCAGCAGACGGAGCCUCUGAACAGGUUUAUUUUUAACCCAGUUAAAAGAGCGUUUUGUGCGGCAGCUCGUGUACUGGAAAUAGUCUGGAGGAGAGGAGACGCUGCAGGAACAUGGCCAGCGACGGCGAGGAGAACUACUACGGAAAACACGGUGAACCAAGGAAGUUUGAUCCAAAGUUUAAAGGACCCAUUGGAAACAGACACUGUACGGAUGUCCUUUGCUGCGUCAUUUUUGUGGUGGUCAUUUUAGGUUACAUUGCGCUAGGCAUUGUUGCCUGGAUUCAUGGAGACCCCAGGAAGAUUGUGUAUGCAACAGACAGCUAUGGCCAGUUCUGUGGACAAAAGGGGACUGCAAAUGAGAACAAGACUGUCUUAAUGUAUUUUAAUAUUCUAAAAUGUGCAAGUCCGGUGGUGCUUAUAAACCUGCAGUGCCCUACGACCCAGCUUUGUGUUUCCAAAUGUCCAGACCGAUUUGCCACGUACCUGGACAUGCAGGCCAACCUGCGGAACCGAAGCUACUGGGAAUAUUACAAACAGUUCUGUAAACCAGGCUUCAACAAGCCCGAAAAGUCUAUUACAGAAGUUCUACGGGAUGAAGACUGCCCAGCUAUGAUCACUCCCAGCAGGCCGUUCCUGCAGAGGUGCUUCCCAGAUUUCUCCACCAGGAAUGGCAUUCUGUCUGUUGCUAAUAAGACGCUGUUUAAAGAUGGAAGUGGCCACAUGAGGAACGUAACUGAUCUGAGAGAAGCAGCUAAUGGGAUAAAUGCCGUCCUUGAUGCCAGAUCCAUCGGGAUGAAGAUCUUUGAGGACUAUGCAAGUUCCUGGUACUGGAUCUUAAUAGCUCUCUUUAUUGCAAUGGUCAUCAGCCUCCUCUUCCUCAUACUUCUAAGAUUCACUGCGGGGGUACUUUUCUGGAUUUUUAUAUUCGGUGUCAUUGGAGUUGUGGGGUACGGCAUAUGGCAUUGCUUUUGGGAAUAUAACAACUUGAAAGGGGUCCCUGGCUCCGACUUAACCAUUUAUGACAUCGGGCUGCAGACGGACUUCAGGGUCUAUUUACAGCUGAGGGACACGUGGUUGGCGUUCAUGAUUAUCCUCUGCAUUGUUGAAGUUAUCAUCAUCCUCAUGUUGAUCUUCUUAAGAAACCGAAUCAGAAUUGCCAUAGCGCUCUUACAGGAGGGAAGCAGGGCUAUCGGGUACAUCAUGUCAACCCUGUUUUAUCCAAUCAUCACUUUCAUCCUGAUCGCCAUAUGCAUCUCGUACUGGGCUGUCACCGCCGUCUUCCUGGCCACGUCCGGAGAGGCUGUAUACAAAGUGAUGGCCAAUGGAACCCUCUGUCAGUACGCCGGCACAGUGUGUGCACCUGAAACCUUCAAUACGACUAAUGUGACCAGGCUGUGUCCCGGGGCUCAGUGCACGUUUGCAUUUUACGGGGGUGAAAGUUUCUACUAUCAGUACAUCCUGAUCUUUCAGCUUUGUAACGUCUUUGUCUUUCUGUGGCUGGUGAACUUCUCCAUCGCUCUGGGGCAGUGCACCCUGGCCGGGGCCUUCGCCUCCUACUACUGGGCUUUUAAGAAACCUGCAGACAUCCCAACGUGUCCCCUUUUUUCAUCCUUUGGGCGAGCAAUAAGAUAUCACACCGGAUCGCUGGCGUUUGGCUCCCUCAUCCUUGCUCUUGUACAGUUUAUACGAAUUAUAUUAGAAUAUUUAGACCAUAAACUUAAAGCGUCCCAGAACUCCUUUGCCAGGUUCUUAUUGUGCUGCCUGAAAUGCUGCUUUUGGUGCCUGGAAAAGUUCAUAAAGUUUAUAAACAGGAACGCAUACAUCAUGAUUGCCAUCUAUGGAAAAAACUUCUGUACUUCCGCUAAGGAUGCAUUCUUUCUAUUGAUGAGGAAUGUCGUGCGAGUUGCUGUUCUGGACAAGGUAACCGAUUUCUUGCUCUUUCUUGGGAAGAUUCUUGUUGCGGGCUCUGUUGGUGUCCUCGCUUUUUUCUUCUUCACAAGAAAAAUACCUGUCAUUACGGAUGAAGCUCCCUCGCUGAAUUACUACUGGGUGCCUCUCCUGACGGUGAUCAUCGGAUCGUAUCUCAUUGCACAUGGAUUCUUCAGUGUCUACGCAAUGUGUGUGGAUACGCUUUUCCUGUGUUUCUUGGAAGAUCUAGAGCGACACGACGGUUCAGCGGAAAAGCCCUAUUAUAUGCAUACAUCUUUGAUGAAGAUCCUGAACAAACACAAUGCUCCGGCCAAACCGCAGUGACCACCCAUGGUCUAUAAUCGUAUAACAAAGGCUUACAGACUAAUGCUGCUGUGAACGGGGCUGGAAGGUCAAGUCGUAAAGGGACACUCCGGCCAAAAUUGAUAGAACGGGCCUCAUUUACUAAACUGUUCUGAGAAAGUGGCCUUGUUGCCCAUAGCAACCAAUAUGAGCACAGCUUUUAAUUUUUUUUAACCUGUUGUGGAAAAAUGGAAGCUGUGAUUGGUUGCUAUGGGCAACAAGGCCAGAUGUUGUGUUCUAUCAGAGGUUGUCCACCACCAUGCAAUAGCUUCCUUUAAGGAGGUCAAAAAAAAGUUUAUUUUUAUUUAUUUCCUUGAUUGUUGUAAAUACUAGAGAUGAGCAAAUUUCAACUUAUUAAAUUUGUUCACACUUAGUUUGUUGGUAAAAGGUGAAUUUUGUCAUGGAU